UUUGGAGAGUUUGGAUCGUAGCUGCAGCUUCUCCAAGGACAGAAGAAGAAAAAAAAGUUGAAAUGAAUUCGUUUUACACAUGCAUAUCCAGAUGAUUCUCAUUUUGAUGCCGUUCAGCUCGGCUAUAUAAGCAGCUCCCAGCUUUGGCUUUGCUUCUCAAACUGCCACGAACACAUCCACUCUUUUGAUCUUCUCCCAGAUUGUGAGCUCUCUUCUUGGCAAGAUGGUGAAGAAGCAGAGCUUCCUGCUGCUAAUGGUGCUCGUCGCCGGCGUGGCUGUGUCGGCGAUGGCGGAGAGGAAGCUGAUGUCUUUAUACAAGCCCCAGCCGGACCAACUGAAGUAUCACAAUGGCGCCGUCCUGAGCGGUGACAUCCCCGUGUCGAUUCUUUGGUACGGCCGGUUCACGCCGGCGCAGAAGGCCGUCGUCACCGACUUCGUCCUCUCGCUGGCCGCCCCGCUUCAAGCGGCGCCGGCACCGUCGGUGUCGCAGUGGUGGGGCAGCAUCCACCGGCUGUACCUCUCCAAGGCGGUGGCCGUUGGCAAGAACGGGGGAGCUCAUGGCGGCGGCGGUGCCUCCAAGAACGCGCGGGUGGUCCUGUCCGGGCAGGUCUCCGACGAGGGGUGCUCGCUGGGGAAGAGCCUGAAGCUGUCCCAGCUCCCGGCGCUAGCGGCGAAGGCGAGGCCGGCGAAGGGCGGCGUCGCGCUGGUGCUGACGGCGCAGGACGUGGCGGUGGAGGGGUUCUGCAUGAGCCGGUGCGGGACGCACGGGCCCGUGGCUCACGGCGCCGCCGCCGGCGCCGCGUACGCGUGGGUGGGCAACUCGGAGACGCAGUGCCCGGGCCAGUGCGCGUGGCCGUUCCACCAGCCGGUGUACGGGCCCCAGGCGCCGCCGCUGGUGCCGCCGAGCGGCGACGUGGGCAUGGACGGGAUGGUGAUCAACGUCGCCAGCAUGGUGGCCGGCGCGGUGACCAACCCGUUCGGCGACGGGUUCUACCAGGGGGAGCGCGGCGCGGCCCUGGAGGCCGCGACGGCGUGCACGGGCGUGUACGGCAAGGGCGCGUACCCAGGCUACGCCGGCGAGCUGCUCGUCGACAGGGCGACCGGCGCCAGCUACAACGCCCACGGCGCGCGCGGCCGGAAGUAUCUCCUCCCCGCGCUCUUCGACCCCGACACGUCCGCCUGCUCCACGCUCGUGUAGCACCACCGAACCGGUCCACGUGUCGUGUCUUGUAUUGUGUAGUGUACUGUGUACAUGAUGCUGCAGUGCUGAUACUAUGCGAGUCUAUGUGUACAUAAUAAGUUCACGUCAACUCGGUUACGUUUGGCUGCCUGCUGGUUAGUAGUGACGCUGUUACGCUAAAUAAGAAGUUUAGAAUUUGUAAUUCAAGUGCAAAUGCUGUGUAAAUCUCUUUAAGGUAUUCUAAGUUUUUCUUUU